UAAUCAACUUACCAAGUAGGGGUGGGAGGGGGAUUAUUACUCCAGGUGCUYGAAUCGUUCAUCUGUUGAAGACGAAAAGAUGGCGGAAGGCGUUGCAAACRACGGUUAUCACGAGGAUCUUACUCCUUCAAUCGACUCCCUACCACCCCCAGRAUACCAAGGAUCUUCAGCUAUGAGUAGCGAAGGACACAGUGAAGCAACGAGUGGCGAGGUACCAAACGUGGAAGUUCGCAACAGCCCGCCUCUUUAUAAUCAAACGACGCCAUUAACAGCACAACAGAUGCAAGAAUUGACUGAAAAAAUGAAACGAGAGGAAGCUAAGAAGUAUUUUUCCUUGAGGGAAGGACAGUUUACUAAUGCCAUUGAGAAGGAAUGCAAGGAAAUUAUAAAUGAGGAAGAAGAUGGAAAAAUAAUGAGCUCAUACCUCCUUACAGAGAUUGAUCACUGGGACCAYGAAAAGGAAAGAAUUGUGAUGAUAACGGAGAAGAAGCUAGUGCUGAUCAGGUACAAUUUCAUWGGUCUGAGGGUGGAUGACCAUCGUAAAAUACCGCUGAUCAGCUGUGACAAAAUACAAAGUGGACGCUUCACUUACCCCAAGAACACCAUGAUGAUCCCUCGACAUUUCCAAACUGGUCUGAGAGUUUACAUGAACAAAAAUGUCCWUCCUACAUUUUUGCAAAACUGGAAUCCCUGGAGUAAAGAAAUGCCGUUUGUCACGUUCACUUGGCACAAAGCCUUGGGUUAUCGUGACGAUAUUCCGCGAUUCAUGGAUCUCAAUGGAUUCCAGAAAGAUCUUGUUAGUACAAUAACCACAGCGCAUAAUGAACUUCACCCUGGAGUGGCUGAAGACUCUCUUGAAUUUAACAACGACCCGAUUUUAAUCCAAGUUUAUUGUGGAGCAUCACCCAUUGUAUACAACUGGAGCAUUUUGGGGUUCAAUCGUGAUAGAGGAAGCUUUGGUUAUUAGACAAAGAUGUAUCGCCUUACUGCAGAUACAAAGGCUUGCCAUAUAGAUUCGCAUGUUAGCACAUCACUGCACCAACAAGAGACUUUAAAGAAUGCUUCACAAAAUAAUAUAAAUUGAUGUAUUAAUUUGCUAACAAGAGAGUGAUUUAGAAGGAGAGAAAUAAGCAUUCUAUAAAAAAAAAAUAAAAAAAAAAACAAGGGUCAAUCUAAAAGUAGAUUUUUUUAUGCCUGAUUGAUGGUAAAACGUUUUUAGAUUUUCACGCAUCAUAGGAAGUUAGGCCCCUGGCUAAACAAGGRAACAUUUUUCCAGAAACAUGUUUACCGCGCGCAUGUUUCCCUGAUGUUUCCAAGUUUAGCCACUUGCGAAACAUCGCUGUGUGCAACAAAUUUUGCUUCCCAGACUCAAAAAUGUUUUCGUUCUGCGGCAAAAACAUUUCAUGACGCAUGGAAACAAUGUUUCCUCUAGCCACGAAAGUCUACAUUCUUAAAGUUAGUUACUUAGCAACGCGCGCUUUAUCUUCAAAGUGCGCAGACCCUACCCGAUGUUUAGUAAACUUGUUUCCUUGUUUAGCCACGACCUAUUGCUAAAGAUACUGUGAUUUUACUCAGACAUUCUAGAUUGUUAUAGGUCACGAUAAUGAAUGAAAAAUCGUUUUACUUACAGAAAGAAAUUCGUAAUAACAAUAUUGGCUUUUUAUACUCUUCUUAUACAUGACCAUGAACAUCCAGACAAGGACAGUUCUUCUUAAGCAUGAUACGCAUGUUAUAGAGGUUUUGUACCAUCACGUGACGGCAUCAUGUUAGAUGGCGGGAACAAUCAAUCGUUUUACAUGAGAAAKAAUUCAAUUCCCAAGAGCAAAGGGAUCUAACCACAGGCAGCCCAAGCUGUAUUAUAGGUGUGGGCACGUUAUGGUGCAAAGCCUCUAUUGGUCAUUCUUUAGCUGUUACUUUUGGUUUCGUUUGAUAAAAUGCAUCAACACCUAUAUUCAUUGAGAUGCCUUUCCUGAGUCAAACAAACAAAUUGCGUUCUGGUCCAGCCUAGGUACAUGUGCCCGAGCGAUUCGUAAUUUCUCGACAUAAUCUGUUAGCACUUCCUAUUUUCCAUGGCUCUCCACCAAUCAGAAAGCGAGACAAUUACGUUUGUGGUAAAAAAAAAGCGCAUUAUGCAAGAUGAAAAUUACCAAAUGCGUUUGAACCCGAGCUAGAACACUAAGAGAAAGUAGUCCUAACUUGUCUUAUACUCGUUGUAAACAUUAUUAAUGAUUAAAAAAUAAUCCUUCCGGCACUAACGAGGGGUUUUCCUCAGCCCUAAUUAAAGUAUUUCGCUAAGUAACACGUAGUUUGACACUGAUUGGUAUUUCGUGUUGUCCUGUUCAGAACUUUAGUUAUUUAUAUUGUAAAACUAUUAAGAAAAUAAUGUUUGAAUGAAUUAAAGGAUCGUCAUAUGCUUCGUAACUA